AGGCAUUGGAAUGGACUCCUGUAUCAUCCCUCUGAGGCAUGGGGGUCUCUCCCUCGUACAGACCACAGACUUCUUUUACCCCCUGGUGGAGGAUCCCUAUAUGAUGGGCCGCAUCGCCUGCGCAAACGUGCUGAGCGACCUGUACGCCAUGGGCAUCACCGAGUGCGACAAUAUGCUGAUGCUGCUGAGCGUGAGCCAGAAGAUGACUGAGGAGGAGCGGGACAAAAUCAUGCCGCUGAUGAUCAAGGGCUUCCGGGAUGCAGCGGAAGAUGGCGGCACCUCAGUUACCGGCGGGCAGACAGUCUUGAACCCUUGGAUCAUUGUCGGAGGAGUUGCGACCGUGGUGUGUCAACCCAACGAGUUUAUCUUGCCAGAGAGUGCCGUUCCAGGGGAUGUCCUUGUCCUGACCAAGCCUCUGGGAACGCAGGUGGCCGUGAGCGCCCAUCAGUGGUUAGACAACCCGGAGAGGUGGAAUAAGAUUAAGCUGGUGGUCUCCAAAGAAGAUGUCGAACUGGCCUACCAGGAAGCCAUGUUUAGUAUGGCCAUGCUGAAUAGGACAGCUGCCAGUCUGAUGCACACAUUCAAUGCUCACGCCGCUACCGACAUCACGGGCUUCGGCAUCCUGGGCCACGCGCAGAACUUGGCCAAGCAGCAACGCAGCGAAGUGUCCUUCGUGAUCCACAACCUGCCCAUCAUUGCAAAGAUGGCGGCCGUCAGCAAAGCCAGCGGCACGCGGUCGAGGCUCCUGCAGGGGACGUCCCCGGAGACGUCUGGGGGGCUGCUGAUCUGUCUUCCCCGGGAGCAGGCCGCCCGCUUCUGCGCCGAGAUCAAAUCCCCCAAGUACGGCGAGGGGCACCAGGCCUGGAUCAUUGGCAUCGUGGAGAAAGGCAACCAGACCGCCCGCAUCAUCGACAAGCCCCGCAUCAUCGAAGUGACCCCCCGGGGGGCUACUGCCUCCCCCCAAGAUAACAAUUCCAGCGCCAGCCCCGAAGCCGCUUCUUGAAGCGGGAAGGACGGUCUUUGUCUACCUGUCGUAAGCCCUAAGCCAAUCGGGGCAGCGUAGCGAGGCCCCUCGGUCGCUGCGCAUCUACCCACCUGCGGCUUGGUGAUCUCUGGGGACACAGUUUUCUUUUUGCUGGGCAAAGAGCGGUGGCUGGAUCCUUCCCGCCACAUGAGCGAAACAGUUAAAUUGGUUUUGCCGGCAGGUAAAUUUCAGUUGAUUUGGGAGAAGUAACUUGAAUUAUUUAUUGGAAAUAGGUGUCUGCCCCGGAAGCUCUCCUGGUUUGGUCAGACUGAGCAGCUGAUCCAAAAAACAGGAGGGCGGGGCAACCCAUCUGGGCCGACCCCUCCUCUCUUGAUGAAGCACCUCCCUCGAAACCCAGCCCUGGGCCCGGAGGAGCGGAAGAACCGUAGAGGAGGAGCCGCGCCGAAGCUCAGCUUCGUGGACCUUUCCCUCGGGUUGUAAAUUAUUGGUGAUUUGAGUUAAUAAACGUCGAUUUCUA